AGCUGAAUAAUCUUCAGAGGGAUGUAGUUAGAGAACGACACACCAACCUCCUGGUGGAGAGACCGGCGGAAGUUUUCCACCUGCAGAAGUUCCGCGUUUAAAGCUAGCUUCAGACGGAACCAGCUCAGCUCAUGUGGGCAUUGGACCGCAGGUGACUCCUUUAAAGCACUUGGCAUCCUUUCAGAGAAACCCAACAGAGUUGUUUUUGGUGUCGCGAGGACGACAUAAACCCUUAGUACAAGCCCAAGUAGCAAUGAGUAGCAGCCCUGUCCCCGUCCAGAUGGACGAGGUCAGGAGCAGAGCCCAGUCACUCCUGUCCUCCUCGGGCUCAGCCCUGGACGUGAAACCUGACGUCCAGACAAUGGCUGCCAUCCCUCUGCCGGUGUCUGAGAAAUACCGUCUCCUGACAGCAGAAACCAUACUGCGAGAGAACACUGCAGGUUGCAGCGAACAUGAGGUCCUGGAGGCUUUAAGCAGACUGGUCAAAGCCUUAAGUAUCCUGGAGAAGUACGGCUGUAACCUUACUGGUCCCACCAAACCCAGAUACUGGAGGAGCGUCAAGCACAACAACCCUGUCUUCAGGACCACCGUGGAUGCCAUCAAGGGAGGCCGGAGAGUCCUUUACCUCUAUGGUUACACCAAUCAGCAGAUAGAUGGCCUUAGUUUUCCCGAGGAUGUCACUGGUCCAGAUGCUGCAAACGUCGCUUUGGUGACACUGGAGGUGAUGACCUUGCGCACAGAAGUGGACAUGCUAAUAAAGGGCUCCCAUCCUCACCCAGAAAACUUCAAAGACAUCAUCCCAUUUCUGUCCCACCAGAAGAAGCCCCCUCCGGACCCUGUGAGCACAGUGCCUGCAGACGAGCAGCAGGGAGACAAGCUCCAAACGCCCCCUCCCUCAGCUAUGCCUGAACCGAAGCCUCAACUCCCCAAGCAGAAACCAUCCACCGCCUCUCCUGUGGCAGAGGAGUGCAAUCUGUGCGGCGGCGCUUCGUCUCUUCUUUGCCCAUCAUGUGACAAUCAACAUUUUUGCGACGCUUGCGACGACCUCUUUCACCGCCAUCCAUCCAGAGCCGCUCACAAGAGGGACAAAAUCCAGAAAACCAACGCGGAGACGUGCAGCAUCUGCGGCAUCGCUGGCGUGCACACUCACUGCUCCACCUGCAUCCAGAGGCUGUGCAUGAACUGCGACAGGCUCUUCCACUCCCACCCCGACCGCACAGGACACAGCAGGACUAGUCUCACACCAGUAAAAACCUCCAGCCCGUCCCUGUCACCUUGGCAGUGCGGUCACUGCACGACGGUGAAUGAGAUCCGAGCUGUUCUCUGCGCCACAUGUGAGCGUCCUCGGCUUGCCACCGCCGCAUCCACAGCUCUAGAGAGCCCUGCAUCUGUCCCCGCUUCACCAAACGCAGAGUGGCAGUGUAAGAGCUGCACUGUGGUGAACCAGGGCAGCAGCAUCCUCUGCGAGGUGUGUGAGCGCCCUCGUCUGGCCACUCGCCCACCUGUCACUCCAGCGUCAGGCCCCAGAUCCCGGUCUGACUCUGGGUCAAAGUGGACAUGCCAGUUCUGCACUUAUGUCAACACAAAGCCCUCUGUAGUCUGCGAGAUGUGCAGCCUGUCCUGCAAAGACUCGGCUGGAGUUUCUCUCCCCCAGUCCCUCCAGCAGGUGCCAUCUGUGGCUAAGGAGCAGCCUCAGCCCGUUGUGAGGCCACAGCCGACACCCAGAGUCAACAUAGAGCUGAAAAGGCAGAAGACCAUGAGAGAGGACGGCCUGACACUCAUCCACCAGAUAAGAGAUGCUGAGAAACGAGGUGUCAGCCCGGAGGAGGUGUACGCUGCCCUGUGCAUGUGCAGCGGCAGCAACGCGAACCCCUGUGACUGGCUGAUCUCAGAGCUGCCGCACCUGCUGGACGAGAUCUGCGCCAUGGCCGCGUCCGUUCAGCAAAGCUACAGAGCAGGAAACGGCGGGACGCCGGCGGCCGUGGAGAGAGACGGGGGGGAGCCGGCGCAGAGCGCCGCCAACGACGGAGUCAAGCUGUCCAGGGCCGAGGCCAAGCUGGCCUGGCUGGCAGCCGGAGGAGACACAGAGAGAGCAGUGAGACAGCUGCUGAGAGACCGGCAAGUCAAGAUGAGGGAGCUUCACUCUCUGGGCUUCCAGGAUGUGGCUCAGUGUGAGGAGGCCCUACGGCAGAGCGGCGGUGAGAUCAAAGGAGCUCUGUCCCUGCUGCAGCGCCCUCUCCUGGAGCCCUUCCACCAGCGAAUCUGGAUCGACCAGCCCGAGCCGCCCAUCGAUCCCAAACACCCGGACAAACAGAGGAUGUGCAGGCGUCUGCUGGCGCUGUACGACCUGCCCAGCUGGGGGCGCUGCGAGCUCGUCCUGUCGCUGCUCCAAGAGCCGGGCGUAACCUACUCACUGGAGGAUGUGGUGCAAGCUGUGAAGGAGUCACAUGACAAAGAUUUCAUCAGACGUCUCCUUAACAACGAGUGCCCCAUCUGUCUGAGCAUCUUCCCCCGAAGCAAGAUGCAGUCUCUGACGUCCUGCCAGUGCUCAGUGUGCCACGACUGUUUCAGGCAGCACUUCACCAUUGCUGUGAGAGACAAACACAUCAGGGACAUGGUGUGCCCCGUCUGCAGCGAGCCCGACAUCAACGACCCCGAACAGCUGGACAGCUACUUCUCCACGCUGGACAUUCAGCUGCGGGACUGCCUAGAGCCCGAAGUGUACGACCUGUUCCACAAAAAGCUGACUGAGCAUGCACUGAUGAAAGACCCGAAGUUCCUGUGGUGCUGCCACUGCACAUCCGGCUUUAUCAACGAUGGGGAUCAGCUCAAGGUCACCUGCCCAUCCUGCCGCAAGAGCUUUUGUGCUCAGUGCAAAAAGCCUUGGGAGCCUCAGCACCAGGACGUGUCCUGUGAGGAUUUCCAGCAAUGGAAGAGAGACAACGAUCCAGAGUACCAGAAGCAGGGUCUGGCCGGGUAUCUGAGAGACAACGGCAUCAGUGAGGCUCACCGCAAACCACAUCCACAAGCUUUACUUCUCUUUCCCUUCCUCAUCAGGCCAGCUCUUGCAGUGUCGCCCAAGAUCUCCUGUCCUCAGUGUGGGUUCCAGUAUGCUCUGACAAAAGGGGGCUGCAUGCACUUCACCUGCUCCCAGUGCAGGUACCAGUUCUGCAGCGGCUGUAACAACCCCUACCACAAGACGGCAUGCAAGACCGCUCGGUGCUCCUUCAACGGCCUGCACGCUCAUCAUCCUCGAGACUGCCUCUUCUACCUCAGAGACUGGGACCCACCGAGGCUGCAAGCCCUGCUGCAGAGGAGCGGCGUGGACUACAACACCGAUCCCUCCAACGGGACUCAGGCUGACGCUUGCGGCGUGAUGGAGCAGAAGGACGAGGCCGGUCAGCAGGUGGACUCUCCGUGUGGCGGCCCGACAGAGCCGGGACAGGCGGGACUCUGCGAGAAACACUACAAAGAGUACCUGGUGAGCCUGAUCAACGCUCACACUCUGGACCCAGCUCUGCUCUAUGAGGCACAGGAUUUAACCCGGGCCUGUGAGAGAUACCAGGUGGACACGCAGCGAGGAGACGCAGAGGAGGACAACGCCUACCACGCCCGACUGCUCAAGAAACUGAUGGAGGUUCCCCUUGGUGAAAAAGUUCCUCGAAACAAAUAAAGACUCCAGGUUGUCGUGGACAGUCAGCUGAUAUCAGAGUCAUCAAGCAUGAUUCAGUGAAACUGACUACUCACACAGGCUGACUUUGGAGGCUGUAAAGAGGCUACUAAACCAGGAGAAGAAACUGAUCUAUGCAGCAUUUUUCAGAGGCUGAUUUCUGUUUCGAAACAUUAACUUGUUCUGGAUUGUGUAUUCUGUUACUCUCUCUGUUUAGGAUUCUUUAAUCACAAAGAGACAUGUUUUUAAUGGUGAGCUGUGCCUUUAAGUAACAGAGUUGCACAUUUCUUUGUUGUCUGAAACUGAUUUAGCUCGAAGGAAUAUGAUACUAUGAUUCAUCUCUUGCACUUACAUAAAAUGAGUCUUAAAUGUGCGUUCAAAGGUUGACUUGGUCAUAAAGGAAUACCAAACAAAUCAAACUUCCUCUUUUUGUCGCACGUGGUGCAUACAAGUUCAAAUCAGCUCAAUAAAAAGGA